AUGUUUCAAUCCUCCAAGCCGUAUUCGGCUGUGACCGUACAAAUCGAAGUCCUUACGAGCGAACAAUAUGAGGUGGAAGAUUCCAGCGGUAUUGUCGAUCUAGUGGAGGUAGUUCGCAUUCAAGCCAGUGGCCCAACAGAAGCAAGUCGGGCUCUUCGCAAGAAGCUAAAAUAUGGCAAUCUCCACCGACAACUACGCGCGCUUACUAUUCUCGACUUCUUGGUGCAAAAUGCUGGAGAACGCUUCUUGCGCGAUUUCGCCGAUGAAGCAUUGCUCGAACGUCUGCGCAUCGCAGCUACUGAUUCUGUUUCAGAUCCGCUCGUGAAACAAAAAUGCAAACAGAUUUUCGGACAAUGGGCAGCUACUUAUAAGGACACUCCUGGUAUGGCGAAAGUUACCGCGCUAUACAAGCAAGUGCCCAAGCGAAAGCAGCCUGCGACGCAGGCGAAAGCCAAGGUUCUGCGAGAGGGCUCGAAUCUGAACUCAAACGAGCCCCCAAUGGGUCAUGUCGUCUCGGUCUCGGCGGGUACUGGGCCAUCCACUGUGCUGACCAGCCCGAAACAAAAGACCAAGUCCAAAAAGGUCAAGAAAGAUAAGAAACUGUCAAUUAGCAGCAGGAGGUUUGAUAUUGAAAAAGAGCGACCAGAGAUCUUGCAGACACUCGCUGCCUCAUCUGUGGCCAGCACGAACUUGUUGAAUGCCCUGAAACUCGUCAAUCGUGAGACGCACCGGGUGAGUGAGGAUGCCGAAUGCAUCAGCCGGUUCGAAACAUGCAAAGAUCUUCGGCAUGGAAUUCUUCGAUUCAUUCAGUAUAUCGAAACGGAAGAGUUCCUAGGCGGUCUCAUUCAUGCAAAUGAGGAGCUGGUGGAUGCGCUGAUGGCAUUCGAGGUGCUCGAUAAGAGCGUGGACUAUGACAGUGAUAGUGAGGAUGAUAUUUUGGAACACAGUUGGAAGCAACGACAUGGCCUUGGUCUACAAGACAGUGGCGUGAGUGAUGGGAUUGCUGGACUUAAUAUCAAUUCAUCCAAGCCGCCACGGCCGAGCCGCCCUGAUGGUCUGCCUCUUGCAUCUUCAUCGCAACACACGCGCCCAAUCUUUGAGAGUGACAGUGAGACUGAGAGUGAAGAGGAGGAUGAUGAUAACCCCUUCGGCGACAGAAACGCUAUCAAGACCCCUGGCAUUGAGAAGAUUGGACAUACUUGGUAA